AUGUCUGCUUUAGGUGCCCAACCAGCGACCGCCAGCGAUGUCGACAUGGAGGCCUCUGGCGUCGAGCCCAUUGCUCCACCAGGCAGCGUAAAUGCUGCAGCACCUUUAACACCCCCUGCGGACAGCUGGGCUUUACGUGUGGAAGCCAACAAGGCCAUGCAGAAGAGCUUCAAUGACCUUUUGUGCCACGUCAGCAACAAUGCCAGGGCUCUCGCAAAAACCGUCUGUCAGAUCCUUGCCCACCUCAACCCUGCAACGUACCUGGAUGACUUCACCCAGGUUGCUACCAUGCUAACCACCACCUGUCGAGAGCUCCACACUGAGCUCCUUGUCGACCCGGUUCUCAACAACUCCAACAUAGGCACAGCUGCCCUAUGCAUUUUCGACCACUUCUUCACCACCUCGGACCCGCUGUGA